AUGGGUUCAGAGUUUGGUAUUACGAAAGAUACCAAGCCCGAGCUUCGGCUCGGCGCUGUGGGCAUCUUCUGGAUAGUCUUUGCCGUCACUUGGACCGUCAUCCUCUUCAGUGGCAUGGGCUUCCUCUGGGUUCGACGUGAGAUGCCCAUUCUGAGGAUCAGAGGUUUGCCGCUAUCCUUUGCAGCAAUAACCCUGAUGCAUGCCUACUGGCUUGCCGUUCAACUUGGCUACUGGUAUGGCGCGUUGAUGCCUGAAGUCGCCGAGUUUUGGAUCAUGGGCCUCUGGUUCCCCUUUGGCAUUGCUCUAUUUCACGCCGCCAACAGCAGAUUCCUUUACGUCGCCGAUGCUCAGAAAAGGUUCAUUCAGAAGACUCAAACUCCGGUAGUACCGGUUGCCCGUGGAAACCUUCUGGGCCGAUGGAAGCAGCUGGACUAUAACCGACGAACACUCAUCCUGGUAGCAACCGGCAUGGCUCUUCAUACCAUCCUCACCAUCUUCAUGUUUCUCAUCUCCCGCAAAUUCCACGACUCCUUCGGCAUCGCUGGAACUGAAGUCACCGGCAACAACAUGGAGCGAAAGGCAGAGCAGGGCCGUGGCUGGGAGUGGUGGCCCUCUAUCUUUUGGCAAAUGUUCUGGGCUUGGGUCUUUGCUCCUUACAUCCUCUUUCGUGCGCGUAAACUCCGCGACACGCAAGGAUGGAGGUUCCAAACAAUUGCCUGCUGUAUCUCCAAUCUUCACUCUGCUCCCAUGUGGCUGAUAGCUUUGUAUGUUCCUGCAAUGGAGCCUGUCAACAACUACUUCAUUCCUCCGCAAUGGAUCGCCGUCUCCAUUAUGCUGCUCGAGAUUUUCACCGUCUUUGUACCCGUCAUUGAAGUUGUGAAGCAACAGGGCCUGACUCAAGAAACCCUCAACUCCAUCGCCCGCUGGGAGUCACGAAAGAAGGGAUUCAGCGGCGCCGACAAAUCCAUCAACUCAGACUCAACAAGGACUUCAUGGCGAAUGGGCGGAGCAGCCUCUGUUCUCACCACCAGCAGCUCCAGCGGAAGCAUCUUAACCAUGGAGGCCCUCGAGCACACUCUGGCCAAGAAUCCUGAGCCGCUGCAGCAAUUCUCAGCGCUUCGAGACUUUUCGGGAGAGAACAUUGCUUUCCUCACAAGCGUCAAGGAAUGGAAGACCACCUACUUCCCAGCAAGCAAAUCAUCAUCAGAAAAGGACGAGGGUCUUGUCAAGGAGCUGCCCCGCGAGUGCUUCGAAAGCGCGCUCAAGAUCUACGUCGAGUUCAUCAGCGCAACCCACGCCGAGUUCCAGAUCAACCUCUCUUCCACAGACUUCAAGAGCCUUCAAACCGUGUUUGAACACGCCGCACGAGUCAUCUGCGGCAGCGAGCGCUGCAACAGCACCGAUCCCUGCACUCCUUUCGAUGACACUCCCCAUCGCGUUGAUUCUGAGAGCACCCUCAACAUUGUCCGUUACUGGGGCGAAGUCCCGGACGAGUUCAGCGAAAACGUGUUUGACGAUGCCGAGCUUAGCAUCAAGUACCUGGUUCUGACAAACACAUGGCCCAAGUUCAUCAAGGAGAGGCGGUCCUUUGACAUGGCCAGCACUAUUGAGGCCGGCAGCAACUAA